AUGGAGCCCACCACACCGGCACCAGGGACCCCCAAACCCCCGGGGGCCCUCCUGCAGAACCGUGUGUUUCUGGACCUCUUCUGGGACCUGUCCAAGCCGGAGCAGGACGUGAGGCUUCGGGCUGUAGAUGGACUGGUCACCUACCUGAAGGACCACAACAAGGAGGAGGAGCUGGAGUACACCCUGAAGCGCCUGGUGGAUGGCCUCUCCCACAGCAGAGAGACGGCCCGUCCUGCCUUCAGCCUCGCCCUGGGACAGGUGCUGAGUGCGUUUGCAGACAUCUCACUGCUGCAGACUCUGAACCGGAUCAAGGACAAACACAAUCUGCUCACCGUCAAGAAGAAGCUCCAAAGAAAUGCCAUGUUUGGAAACCUGUUCGGGGUCCUGGCUUUGCACCAGUCGGGCCGCCUCACACAGGAGCCUGAGGUGGUCCUGGCCUGUGUACAGCUGCUACAGAGUCUCACUCCUCACAGACAGCACCUCAGGGACCUGCCCAGCAAGACCAUGAUGGACAUCCUCAACCAGGUGGAGGAGGAUGUGUUUGAGCAGGUCCUCUUCACGGCCCUCCAGUCAGACCUGUCCACUCCGUUCCGGACCCCGGAGCAGCUGCACCUUCUGCUGGUGGCUCUGCAGCGAUUUCCCCAAACGCUCAAACCCAAGAAACUGAAGAAGCUGCUGGGCUUCUCCACCAUCAUCCACCAGGACAACGUGCCCAGGCUGACUGAGCUGCUGAAGACUGUGGCCAACUCUGUGAAGAAGGAGCGGGUUCUUCCUCCUGUGAUGGUGGACCUCCUCAAACUCUCCCUCAAAGAAAACAGCUUCCAACUGUUGUGGAGCAAAGUGAUCAGCGAGGGUCUGCUGAAGGAGCCCCCAGGACCCUCGCAUUACCUGAGCUUCCGGCUCCUGGGGGCCGCUCUGCCUCUCCUCUCUGAAGCUCAGCUGAAGGAGGUGCUGAGGGGGGAGGUGGCCCGACAGUACGGACAGCACAUGAUCACCUCACAGAAGGCGGGCCGCUUCCAGCUGUCGCCCGAGAUGGAGGUCCUGGUCUCGUCCUUCCUUGAGGGCUGUGAUGACGUGGACCGGCAGGUGGCAGUGGUGCUGGGCUUCUCCGCUCUGUCCUGCCAGGGCUGUCCCGUCACCGCCCCCUCCUGGAGAGUGAUGCAGCACCUCCGCCCCCCCGCUCUGCUCGCCUUUGUCAGCUGGCUCCAGAGCUCCUUCCUCCAGCCGCAGCUCACCUCCCUGCUGGACGUGAACGGGAAGACACCCAAGGACGACAAGGAGAGGCAGGCCUGGGUGCACCGGCUCCGCAAGUGGAUCGCAGCUCGUCUCGUGGCUCUGGUGGACAAUCAGCAGCUGAAGAAGGAGGAGAGCACCGUCAUGGAGGUGUCCAGGUUCCUGAUGUUCCACGCCUUCUUCAGCAGCAGAUCUGUGUGUGCCGCGGUCCCAGAGAGCUCCCAGCAGCUGUCUGUGCCUCUGCAGGACGAGACCACCGCCGCCCUGGCCAGCUCCUUCUUCAGCCUACUGUUGGCCCUGCACCACUUGCCCCAGGCCCAGGAGCAGAGCCUGGAGGACGGCGCCCCCGUCAGGAGAGUGCUGGGAGUGCGUGCAGACGGGACCAUGUGGAUCUCUCACCUGUUUGACUUCGCUCAGUCCCUUCUGCAGCAGCAGCAGAUCCAGCCGGGCUCCGCCUUUGGCCCCCCGCAGAGAGAGGCGUGGGACAGCCUCCUGGUCUCUGUGUCCAGCCUCAAAAAGAAGAUGAAGAAGUCGGCCACCCCCGAGAACAAGGCCUUCCUGCAGCUCUUCCUCCUGGUCGCCAUGUACCUCUUUAAGGCCCCGGACGAGCUGCUGGACAUCAUCCGUGACCUGCAGAGCUGUGUGGAGCGAGCCCACAAAAAGAAGAGGCGCAGCAGUCCAGGUGAGGAGCAGGAGCCCGCCUGGGUGGAGGUCCUGGUGGAGCUGCUUCUCUCCCUGCUGUCCCAGCCCAGCAGACACAUCAGGCAGGUCUGCAAGAUGGUCUUCUCCUCGGUCUGCCCCCAUGUCACCCAGCCCGCCCUGAGCGCCAUCCUCAAGCUGAGGGUGGAGCUGAGGGUGGAGCUGAGGGUGGAGCUGAGGGUGGAGCUGAGGGUGGAGCUGAGGGUGGAGCUGAGGGUGGAGCUGAGGUUGGAGCUGAGGUUGGAGCUGAGGUUGGAGCUGAGGUUGGAGCUGAGGUUGGAGCUGAGGUUGGAGCUGAGGUUGGAGCUGAGGUUGGAGCUGAGGUUGGAGCUGAGGUUGGAGCUGAGGUUGGAGCUGAGGUUGGAGCUGAGGUUGGAGCUGAGGUUGGAGCUGAGGUUGGAGCUGAGGUUGGAGCUGAGGUUGGAGCUGAGGGUGGAGCUGAGGGUCCUGGAGCCGGAGCCCGAUGAGGAGGAGGACGGGGGGGUCCUGGUCACCGACGAAGAGCCAGGACUCGGGAAAGCAGAGGAGGAGGAGGAGGAGGGCUCAGACUCAGAUGAUGAAGAAGGCGAUGAGGAGGAGGAGGAGGAGGAGGACGAAGAGGACGGAGACGCAGACGACGAUGAGGACGAGAACGAGGAGGAGGCGCAGGAGGAGGUGGACCCAGAGUUCCGGCUCCGUCUCAUGAAGGUCCUGGAGAAGCAGAACGCCCUGGCCAAGGAGGAGGACAGCAGCGGGGACGAGGACUUGGACGAUGAGGCCAUGAUGAAGCUGGACCAGAGCCUGGCCUCGGUCUUCUCUGAGCAGAAGAAGAAGAAUCAGGCCAAGAAGGAGGAGAAGUCCAAACUGAAGAAGGAGAAGGUCCUCAUCCGAGACUUUAAAAUCAAGGUGCUGGACCUGGUGGAGGUGCUGGACCUGGUGGAGGUGUUUGUGUCCCGUCAGUCCAGCAGUCCUCUGGUGCUGUCCCUGGUGCAGCCUCUGCUCACUCUGAUCCAGAAGUGUAUGGGCUCAGAGCGAGAGCUGCACGAGCAGGACCUGCUGAGGCGGGCCGCACAUGUGCUAAGAAACGAGUUGUUCCGGGCCAAAGUGUACUGCCGGUCUGUGGAGGACCGGGCCUCAGAGCUGCAUGAGCUGCUGGAGUCUCUGCUGAACAAGGCCCUGAAGCUUCACGACUCCUCAGUGGCUCUUUACUACUUCAGCGCCUGCUUGUACCUGCUCAAAGUGCUGAGAGGAGCUCCUCCAUCCACAGGAUCAGACCAGGACCCUGCAGACAACGUGCGCUUCAUGGGCCUAGUGGACUUGCCGCGGGUCGUCCCUCCGUUCCGCUCUGCUCUCUGCUCCUUCUUCAGCCGCAGGAAGAGUCCUCUGACCACACAGAUGUUCUCUGACCUCUUCACACGCUUCCCGGUUUUGUGUGUGGAGCUGCUGGACACUGCUGUGGAGAACAUGACAGCAGGCGUCAGAGAACACCAGCAGGGCCAGGCGUGUGUGCUGGUGCUGCGUGCCUUACAGAGCAGAGAGGUCCAGCUGUUGACGUCUGGAGAAGCCUGGACCCAGCUCUGCUCCAGAGUGACCGGUCAGCUGGUGUUGAGUGUGCAGCAGUGUGCGUCUCAGCAGAAGGCCCUGAAGGACAAACUGCAGCAGGUCCUGGAUCUGUGUCUCUGUGUGCAAGGACACGCCCACAGACAGAAGUUGCCUGUGGCCCUGGAGCCCCUUCAGGCCUCUCUGCAGGAGCUCAGCAGCAGCUGCAGCUUCAGUAAGACUGGGCGUGUGGAAGACACGUACUGGGCUGUGAUGAAGAAGUUCGGGGUCAUGAAACCCAAAAGUGAAAAGACAAAGCCAAACCCCGAGGUCCAGACCUUGAAGACUGUCCCUAAGAAGAAGAAAGGCUUUUUACCGGAGAGCAAGAAACGCAAGAAGCGCAAGGUCCUGGAGACGACGGACGCCACAGCGAACAUCCAGCCCCGAGAGAAGAGCGAGGGGAAGAAGGCGAGCGGGAAGAUGGGGGGCGGGAAGAAGGCCGGCAAGAGGCCAGCGGGGGCAGCACCGGCUCAGGACAGUCCCAGCAAGAAGACCAAGCUCCCGAACAAGAAGAAGGGGAAUAAGGGGAAGGAGUAG